UUAAUCGUAAUGGCGUCUGCAUUCGGUCACUUUGGCCGUCGAUCACUUAAAAUCUCUUCUUGUUUACGAAAGAUUUUGCAGUAUGAUCCAUAUAACAUUGUUCAUCGGUCAGCAUAUGAAUUCAAGUUAUUUCAUUUGAAUCGGGAACUGGAAGCUUCCAUUCCAAUACAAAUGCCAGCUUUGUCACCAACAAUGACAGAGGGAACAAUAGUUAAAUGGCACAAAAAAGAAGGUGACACUAUAUCCCCCGGUGAUGUGUUGUGUGAUAUUCAAACUGACAAGGCUGUAGUAUCACUGGAUACAGAAGAGGAAGGAACACUGGCAAAAAUAUUGAAACCAGAGAACACAAAGGAUGUCAAGAUUGGCUCUUUGAUUGCUGUGAUGGUGGAGGAAGGAGAUGACUGGCAAAAUGCUGAGAUUCCAGAAUCAUCAGAUUCCUCAUCAGAAUCAUCACAAUCCUCUGAAUCUUCACAAUCAUCAUCAUCCUCUGAUACAGAGUCAAUAAGGGAACCUACUGCAAGGAUUCGCAUGAGCCCUGCAGCCAGAAAACUUUUAGAAGAAUAUAAUAUUUCUAGUCCACAAGUGGUUCCUCCUUCAGGACCUCAUGGAAUGAUCAACAAAGGAGAUGUUCUAAAAUAUGCUCAAUCUAAGAAUUUAUCAAAAAUUGAUUUGGCAAAAGUAAAGGCAGCCCAGCCAUCAGCUCCUUCACAAAAGCCAGCUCCUCCUACACAGGCAGCUCCUCCACUGACCAAGGCACCUCCUACCAUAACAGUGUCACCUGAAGGUGGCUACCAGGACAUAGAAACCACCAACAUGAGGAGAGUGAUAGCCAAGCGACUUACGGAAUCAAAGACAAUGAUACCUCAUUCCUAUAUAUCUAUUGAGUGUAAUGUGGAUGCUGCUAUGAAGCUGAGGAAAAAGUUUAUUGACUCUGGAACUAAAGUAUCAAUGAAUGAUAUCAUUGUGAAAGCAGCAGGCUAUUCAUUACAGAGAGUGCCUAAAGUGAACUCUCACUGGACACAGGAGAGUGUACAAGUCCAGCCCUCUGUGGACAUUUCUGUAGCUGUAGCCACGGACAAUGGACUCAUAACUCCUAUCGUCAGAGACGUCUCCAGCAUCAGUAUAUCUCAGAUAUCAAACACUACCAAGGCACUUGCAGUCAAAGCCAGAGAGGGUAAAUUACAACCACAGGAAUUUCAGGGAGGGUCAUUCACGAUCUCCAACCUUGGUAUGUUUGGAAUAGGAGAAUUUUCGGCCAUCAUUAACCCUCCCCAAACUGCUGUGCUAGCUGUAGGAACAUCAGUGUUAAAACCCUCCACUGAGGGAAAACCACACCCAUAUCUAACUGUUCAAAUGUCAUAUGACAGUCGUGCAAUAGAUGAGAGCGAGGCUGCCGAGUUCUUAGAGAAAUUUCAGAGUGUUAUGGAAAACCCUUCCCUGCUUAUGGUUUGAAAGUGAUUUAUCAAUUUUACAUACCUUUAUAAUAUGUAUACUAAUGCUAUUUAAUUGAAAGUGCUUAAAAUGUUGUAUGGUUCUUGAGUGUCUUUUGUUUUAAGAGAUAGAAAAUGUGAACUAAAAUAGGAUCUGUUAUUAUGUUAUUGAGAAAUGGAGGCAUUAUCUCAAAUUGUUAUUGAUUUUAUGUAACUUGUAGGAAUUCAAUUAAAAUUCUAUACAAAAAGUA